AUGAGCACCAAGAGGUUGGCGCCGGCUCCUCCGGCCCCAGUGGACGUGGCAGGAAAGCGCAGAUGUGUUGACGGCGGGACGACCACCGUAUCUUUCCCUGGAUACUAUAUAGAGGCAGCAUCUUAUGGAGAUAAAGGAGCAAGAAGACAGAUGGAGGAUGAGCGAUUAAUGAUUUCUUCUUUAGCACAAUUAGAACCUUCUCUUAAAUCUAAUCGGGAUUUCGCGGUUUUCGCUAUUAUGGAUGGACAUGGAGGACGGCAAUCAGCAAACUUUGUUAAGACAGCUCUGCCUGUAGAAAUAGCUAAGCAGAUAAAGCUCUUUAUGGAGCAGCAGCAGCAGGAGGAGCAGCAGGAAGGAGAGCAGCAGCAGCAAGAAGGAGAGCAGCAACAGCAGCAGCAACAGCAGCAGCAGCAGCAGAAAGGGGAGCAGCAGCAAACCCCACAGCUGCAGGCAGUUAAGAAAGAAGAAGACGUCAAAGUACCAACACAAAACGGCAGCAGCAGCAGCAGCAGCAACGGCAGCAGCAGCAGCAGCAGCAGCAGCAAUGAUAGCAGCAACGGCAGCAGCAACGAAGAGGCCCUCGUGUCCGACUAUGAAAUGAAACAUGUGCUGUAUGCUGCUUUUCGUAAGGUUGAUUCUCGCAUUGCAACAGAAAUUCCUGCAUGCAGAGAUGGAUGUACGGCAGUAUUUGUAAUGAUAUUGGGGGAACAAGUGUUUAUUGCUGGCCUUGGUGAUAGUGCGGCAUUUCUUGCAAGAAAAAGCGACACUGGUUAUUAUGCAAUUCCUUUAACGGAGACUCAUCGUCCUUAUUUAUUACAAGAAAAAGAAAGAAUAUUAAGGAUGGGGGGAACAAUUGAGGGAGGAAGAGUAAAUGGUGUAUUAGAGCUAACUAGAUCCUUUGGAGAUAUCUCGUACGAAUUAUUAGGGUUUAGGGUUUAG